GUUGCUGUAGUCUUAGGUGGGUUGACGCUAACGGGUAGGCGGGCCGCACAGGCGCAGAGAGCACCGGCCACGAAGGUUUAAGGUAACCUCAGAACGGGAUGCGGUGACACCCCUGGACCACCAUGGCAGCGGCCGACGAGCUGGCCUUCCACGAAUUCGAGGAAGCCACCAAUCUCCUGGCUGAGACCCCUGGUGCUGCUACCACCAGCAGAAGCGAUCAGCUGACUUCCCCGGGCCACGUGGCUGUGGCGGUGGGCUCUGGCAGCAGCUAUGGAGCUGAGGACCCCGAGGAGGAGGAGGGUGACAGGACAGCGCUGCUGCAGGAGGAGAAGCCACAACCCGGGUUCUGGACUUUUGGCUACUAUCAGAGUUUCUUUGAUGUGGACACCUCCCAGGUCCUGGACCGGAUCAAAGGCUCACUGCUGCCCCGGCCUGGCCACAACUUCGUACGGCACCAUCUGCGGAAUCGUCCUGAUCUGUACGGUCCCUUCUGGAUCUGCGCCACCCUGGCCUUUGUCCUGGCUGUCACCGGCAACCUGACACUGGUGCUGGCCCAGAGGAGGGACCCCUCCAUCCACUAUAGCCCCCAGUUCCACAAGGUGACCGUGGCAGGGAUCACCAUCUACUGCUACUCGUGGCUGGUGCCGCUGGCGCUGUGGGGCUUCCUGCGGUGGCGCCAAGGCGUGCGGGAGCGUGUGGGUCCCUACAGCUUCCUGGAGACUGUGUGCGUGUAUGGCUACUCGCUCUUCGUCUUCAUCCCCACGGUGGUCCUGUGGCUCAUUCCUGUGCCGUGGCUGCAGUGGCUCUUUGGGGCGCUGGCCCUGGCCCUGUCCGCAGCCGGGCUGGUGCUUACCCUCUGGCCCGUCGUCCGUGAAGACACCAGACUGGUGGCCGCGGCACUGCUGUCCACUGUGGUGCUGCUCCACGCCCUCCUGGCCAUGGGUUGUAAGCUCUAUUUCUUUCAGCCUCUGCCUCCGGAGCAGGUGGCGCCUCCAGCACAUGUGACAUCUGUAGUCCUACACACACAGCUGCCUCCCACUGUGGCCCGGUCCGUGGCCACCUCAUAGGAAGGUCCAGCCCCAUCCCACAGGGCGAGGUCCCUGCAAGGUCCCUUCCCCGGCUGAGGAGGGUCCAAAUGCCUUUGCAGUAGUGGGGACUGGAGCAUCUACAAGUCUGGAGGGGACACACAGGCCUAACGUCAGUCAGCUACACAGGGAGAGGACACCUUCGAGACAGCCUUGAGGUUUCUGUCUGCCUGUUGGCCCACGGUGACCGUCCCUCUGGCCGCCUGCACAGCUCUUGGCAGAGGGGAGGGCAGCUGCAGGGCUCGGGGACAGGACAGCAGCAGAGGCGGCCGAGGACAGGCCUGCAGACGGCGGAGGCUACAUUCAAGUGUGAGGUGAACCCUAGGAGGGGCGCCCUCCCUCCCGUGGGGCCUAUGCCAGCAGGGGCUGUGGCUGCGCCCGGCCGGCCGGGUUUCUCCGAGGGUCUGUGGAUUGACACUGGUUCUUUUCGUAAAAAAAUAAAAUUAAAAAAAGCAG